AUGCCAGUUGCUGUUACGGCCGGCGCCUGGCUGGAGGGCGCCCGAGAGCCCGGAGCAGCGCGCCUGGAGGGCGGAGCAGGAGCGGGAGGAGUAGGAGGAAGUGGUCAGCAGCGCGGCGGGCGCCAGGCAAUGGUGCUGCCCUGGUUGCUGCUUGGGACUGCGCGCAGGGCGGUCCUCGGGUCAGUGGAGGCUGCGCUCUGCGGUUUAAAGUCAAUAAAGGGAAACCACCACAAUUUUUAUACUGCUAUUUCUAAAGAUGUCACUUAUAAAGAACUUAAAAACCUGCUGAAUUCUAAAAAUAUUAUGUUAAUUGAUGUUAGAGAGGCAUGGGAAAUUCUGGAGUAUGGAAAAAUCCCUGGGUCUAUCAACAUACCAUUGGAUGAGGUAGGUGAGGCUCUACAGAUGAACCCAAGAGACUUCAAAGAGAAGUACAAUGAAGUAAAGCCAUCCAAAUCUGACAACCUAGUAUUUUCUUGUUUAGCUGGAGUGAGAAGCAAGAAGGCUCUGGACACAGCAAUAUCUCUGGGCUUUCACAGUGCUCAACACUAUGCCGGCGGAUGGAAAGAAUGGGUAACCUAUGAAUUUUCAGAGAAGAAACAAGGAAAUUGAAUUUUUGGAAUACAAGUUGGCUCUUUCCUUGUGUACAUGCAGCCAAGGAUAGUGGAAUGAGCAAGAUAAUAAAAAUCUAGUCCUGGCACCGCUA